UGCAGACGUCGCUCGUGCAGUUCUGAGCACAAUGCUUCAUCGUUACAGACGUGCGAGUUGACAAAUGUUUUCCUAGCACCAUAUGCGUAUCCUUUGUGGAACCAUGGAGAAGCAAUGCCGCUUCGGCAACGAGUUCCCACAGAUGGAUGCUUCAUGAAAUGCUCCGAAUAUUGACAGGAAAUGGCUCGGAAGCAUCAGUGCGCCACCAUUGUCCUGGCCAUGUUGGCGCUGGCUGUGGGAGAGGCGAAUUUCUGGGAGAGGCCCGGCUGCCACAAAGUGGGACACACCCGCCGGGUGAGCAUACCCGAGUGCGUCGAGUUCGACAUCACGACGAAUGCGUGCCGGGGCUUCUGCACCUCGUACUCGAUCCCGUCGCCCGAGUUCACCCUCCGCAUGAACCGGAACCAGCGGGUCACCUCGUUCGGACAGUGCUGCAACAUCAUGGACACCGAGGACGUCAAAGUGCAGGUUCGCUGUCUGGACGGUCACCGGGAUCUGGUGUUCAAGUCGGCCAAAAGCUGCGCCUGCUUCCACUGCAAGAAGAACUGACCGGGACGGUAGUUCCUCCUCGACAGUUGGGUGGCCGUCGACCUCGUGACGUCAUCAUCCCUCUCCCUUUAAGCACGUCCUCCUCGUCGCACAGUUCCUCACAAAAUAUAAUAAACAAAACGCACCAGCUUUCAAA